UUGGCCGACGUCGCUCGGUUCCGACGUUCUCCGUCACGGUUGCGUCGUUCGUUUCUCCAAUUGCUCGCUUGUUGCAUCUCGUUGUGUGUCUUCCAUUCGGUUAAAAUUUCAAUCGUUCCAACAGCUACAAAAUAAAAGGAGAAACAAAAAAAAAAAAAAGAUACUUAAUUACGUAAAUGAAAAUUUAAAUUAAUCGUAGUGUAUUAACUGUUCGCGUUUUGUUAAUAAGAAGGGAAAAUAAAAAAAGUAAAAACUGUCGGUCCGUUAAAUGUGCUCGCUAGAACAAUCGUACGAAACGAGAGGAAUUUUCCAGUGUCUUGCUUGAAAACGCACGAUCGAAAUGGUAAAUCGUAUUUGAAAAUAGAAACGGCCAUAUAAAUGAAAGGUAAACUGUUCGAUUCGAUCGAGCCGUCAUCGAAUGAUAAUUUCGUUCGAUUCCUAUGAGAAGAUCGAAAUUGCAAAAUAUGCCGCUGACUAAUCCACCAGCACACAGAGUCUUAAUUUUCCUUUGAUUCGAAGAACAUCAUUAAGGAUAAGCGGCGAUUUCCCGACAGAUUCUAAAGUCUCAAGGAUAAAAGAACGGAAGUCGUAAACGAAGGCCAAAGAGGAUUUCUUCGAGGACUAAGCACAAGAGUGCAACAAAUUCUCAAAUAACUCUCUGCACGGUUCUAAAGAUAAAGAACAAUAAACCGCAGAGAGAGAAAGUUCCUAACAAUAACGCAAAGUACCAGAAAUAUUCGUCCAUACGUAUGUUCAUAAUCAUUUCUUCUUAACGAUUAAUUCUUUCUUCUUGAUGGUUUAAACAGCAUCGGCAAAACGUACAAAAAUGUAUCGCUUUUCUUUUCUCGUUUUCUCAUUAUCGUCUUAAUUAGCGGGAAAAUUGGGAGAAGGAAAUUCGAAGGAUCGAUAUCGCGAUAUUUAAGGGAUUUCCCUCGGGAAACAUUUCUGUACCUGGAAAAGAAAGAAGAGCCACGUUCGUUUACGCGGAAUUACCAUUGCGAGCAGAAUACUCGAAAAUCGAAGAUCAUCGAAGAUAUCCCAUUAGGAUAAUUACUUAUCGAAGACCAGCCGGCAGACGAGCAACGACGAGAGCCGUUAAAAGACGAGAGAGAUAAAAGAAUAGCUAGUGCGUUUCAGACGAUCAUGGAUUUCAACGCAUCGACCAGCUACUACGUUUGCGAUUUAUCGUCGUUUCAUUCCUAUUACUCACGGCUGCACGGCUGGAUUUCUCUUUUCGUUUGUAUUUUCGGUUCGAUCGCCAACAUUUUAAACAUUCUUGUCCUGACCCGGCGGGAAAUGCGAUCACCAACCAAUAUAAUUUUAACGGGAUUGGCCGUGGCUGAUCUGCUCGUCAUGAUCGAUUACAUUCCGUACGCGUUUCACCUCUAUUUGUAUCGGCGAUCAAGAAGGGACACCUUCACCUACGGAUGGACGAUUUUUGUGCUGUUCCAUUCGAAUUUCGCACAGGUUUGUCACACCAUUUCAAUUUGUUUAACUUUGAUACUGGCUGUGUGGAGAUACGUGGCAGUAGCAAGGCCGCAACAAAACAGAGAGUGGUGUAGUUACAAGAGAACUAUUUUUGCGAUUUCGAUCGCGUAUAUUUUCUGUCCUGUGCUUUGUAUACCCGUGUAUAUCACAACAGAAGUAAGACAGCAAGUAGAAGUUUUGGAUUCCAAUGGAAUGAGCAUAAAGUCUCGAAAUGAAAGUUUGAUCGGAAAUACAACGAACACUACCCUUUACUUUGUUCGAUUGACGGAAAUGGCAGAAAAUCAUGACAUUUUGAAGGAACUAAAUUUCUGGAUUUAUAGCGUGGUAAUAAAACUUCUGCCUUGCCUCGUCCUAACGGUCGUCAGCUUAAAGCUUCUGCAAGUUCUAUUGGAAGCAAAACGAAGGAGGCGAAAGUUAACCAAUAUUCAAGAACAACAGCUGGAAAAAAAGAAAAGUUGCCGAAGAGGGGACAAAGAGCGACAAACAGAUAGAACUACGAUGAUGUUGCUAGCAGUCUUGCUGCUUUUUCUACUCACAGAAUUGCCACAGGGAAUACUCGGGCUUUUCAGCGUGCUUCUCGGUCCAGGAUUCUUCUCCACUUGCUACUUGAUGUUAGGUGAUGUUAUAGAUAUGUUGACGCUUGUAAACUCAGCUAUCAACUUCAUACUAUAUUGCACGAUGAGUCGACAAUUCAGGAAAACGUUUAACGAACUUUUCUGCAAAAACUGUAAAAUCCCCAGAAGCACUGCAAAACAGAUUUGUAUAGAAAAUAAUGGAAAUACAGGCACAAACCACACAGUGACGCAAGUAACACAAGUAUAGUUAAGAAGGAGGUGGUGGACUCCUCCUUUUGCGAUGCUCUCGUCUACCAAACGAACAUCUGAUGAUUGUGAUUUUCAAAUAAGUAAAAUAAUUUAACAAUAAAAUUAGUGUUUACUCGUUCUUUUGUGUUUCGCCAAUAUGGCCACAAGCAAAUAUAAAUAGACAUUAACGUGAUAUAAAGGCCUCUAUGCACAUUGAAACAUAUUGUGACAUGCAUUGACACCUAGGUUUCAUGAUACAUCUUGCAAUGUAGUUCGGUAUCGAAGAAUCGGCAUCAGAAGCAGCUUUUAUCGAUGCAGAAAUCAUAAUCCUGCGUUAGUAGGUGAGCAAGAUCCGGUUGAGGUGCAAGUUUCAAAGUGUAGAGGGCGGCACCGAUAACAAAUAUAAUGUACAGCAGACUCUCAUCGUUUUAUUUUGUUUUUCAAUCUUUAGGCGUACUUUAUCCAAUAGAUAUUAAAAAGCAGAAAUAUCCAUACGCAAAUAUCUAUAAUCACUCAGUUCAUUCGUUUUUAAUUCUUUUAAUAACGCGGAAUUGGAAAAUCUGUUUCUACCAAUUAACCAUGUUCUUGCCCAUUUCUUUUAAGCCUUAAAUCAUUAUUUUUUUAUUGUGAACAUACCGUCUAUUAUAUUAAUACUGAUAUUGGAAUUGAAAAAUAACCAAACAUUUUGACAUAUGUGUUUCGGCAUUGAUGUUUCACCAUAAACUGAGAACAAUCGGUAAUGUGGAGAUAAAUCGAAACCGAUACAGAUUUCUUGAAAUCUAAGUGUCGCUGCGUGCAUCACGGCACGUUUGAAAGUGUGUAGGGAUCUUAAUAGUUAGUUUUUACGUACAAAAUGUCUUUUCCACAAAGCUGUGCCAGCAUAUUCUACGAGAAAAAACUAAAGGUAAGAGAAAAAUAUCAUACAAUAAUACAAUACAAUAAUAAAAUAUAAUAAUACUUUACAAAAAUGUUAUUUCAGAAAUAUAAAAUAAUGAUAAUAAUUAAAUGAGAAUUAUCUUUAAUCAUAGAUAAACCGAGGAGAAUCAAUUCAUUGGUUUUCAAAAUCACCAGACAUCAUGUCACUGGAUUUUUAACAACAUUAAAAGAAAAGGUUUACCAGAUAAAAGUUAAUACACAUGAGAAAUUAAUAUCAAAGAAUUUGUUCUACAAUUCACCGAAAUUGAAAGAAAUCAAUUUGGAAUGUAAUAAUUUAAAUCUUUUAUGGAUGUUAGUCCAAUAAUUAUAAGAACAGAUGACGCUUCAAAAGGAACCAAUGUAGGUAAAUAGCGCCAAUCUGUUCUUAUACUGCAUCGAACGAGAAUUAGUCCGCUGUUAUUCCGCAUUUUUGUUAUAAUUUUUUACUAAAGCAUUUUUGAACUUAUGUUUAUGAUAUUUUUCCCUUAUUUCCCCUCGUAGAAUAUUGUUAAGAGAAGAAUUACAAAACAUACCACAAGGUAUAUACUUCCGCUUAUAUGAAGUAAGAAGUCUCUUUUCGUACGUAAUAUUUUUUAGUUGACGCUCGAACACUGUGCGAACGAUCGAUUUUUGCAUUCGAAAUUUUCUUUUAUUUCCGAUUAGAUUAGUCUAGUUCUCCUUAAACUGUUGCUGAGAUCAACCCAGCCGUACGAAUUUAGGAAAUACAUUAAAUCAAUUUUGUUGUAUUCAGAAAGUACUUUUUUCAAAUAAAACAAAUAUGCCGGCAUCGUCUUGCGGAAGGAACUAGAAUGAAAUAUCUAUGAAUAUCCUAGUGAAUUAGUAGAAUUUAAUAUUGACAAUGUUCUUUAUUUAUUCUUACGAAAAGUUACGUACAUUUUAAACUUUAUCUUAUGAGAAAGCAAUUUCUAUCAGAUAUUGUCUACUACAUUAAUAGAUGGCGCUGAAGAUACUUUCUCUGAUAUAAUUUAGUUACGAUUGAAACUUUUAUGAAUUUAGGAAUAUUUGACCGUAAAAGACUACUGUCAAAAUGAAGCUGACGAAUAAUCUUAUUACAUACGCAUAACGCAGUGAUAUUUCAUCAAAGAAACGUGAAAAGAUAAACGCCUACUCGGUAUUCCUAAAUUCAUCAAAAUUUACUUAUGCGUUAUUUAAUUCCUUUGAGAAUUUCAAUAAAUAUUGCUGUGAUUUCAACGAAAAAUUUAUACAUUAAGAAAUUAAAAAAAUAUGAAAUACGAAUUUCAUGUUAGAGGCAUACAUUUAUUUAUUAAAGCUAAGUUAAUAUAUAUUAAUCAUAAAUCGUAAUGUAAAUGCUUUCUAUUGCUAUUAAUAACAUAACAGUAAUGAUGUAAUGUGAUCAUGAUAUUUCUUAGUUCUAAAUAACUGUACAAAUUGUAAAUAUCAAUAUUUUUACGGAGACAUACGUAUAUGUAUAGAUAAAUAUCCGUAAUUUAUAGCAACGACUAUAACAAUAUAAAAUAUGAAAUAUAAAUUGUACGUAGUA